AUGCUACAUCCUUCCCUGCGCAGCCUUUUGUCCACAAUGCAUCAGAAUACGUUCAAUGUAGUUGUCUCUGGAGGAGGCAUCGUGGGGGCAGCGUCGAUGGCCUCACUUCAGCUGCUCCGGUCUCGUUUUUUAUCUGAUAACAUCGGAGAGGACUCCACAGCGGCGCACUCUGUUCACGCAUCCCGUCUUUCUCAUUUAUUACUUGCAGAUCCCGUACCUUGGCCUCAGUAUGACGCGCAGAACGUGAUGCACACUUUACGCACUGUGAGUCUUACACCUGUUUCGAGCAAACUCCUGGAUAACUUGGACUGUUGGCGGCGCCUGCGGACAAAGCACCCUUACUACCGUAUCGCCCUUCGACACGAGCAGACGAACAGUCCGACGUUUCCUCAACAGAAGCGUUCUAUGAGUUAUUUUAUGAGCUGUCUACUGGGUGGAAGUGCGGUGACAGCCGAGCCACUCCUUGAGUUCACAGACUUGAAUCGACCACUUGGAUUCAUCGCCUACAACACGGAGGUCAACGCGGAGCUCAUUAAUGUUAUCAAGGAUCAUCAAGUGCUUCAUAAAACCGAUGCUGCUAGUGAUCGACUUGUUUUUGGCUCCUCUGUGGCGUCUCUUAUUCUUCCCUCACAGAAUCUUGUUGAUGGCGAACUGGGCACUGCGUUGCUGCGCAGUUCCUCUGGUGAAGAGCACGUCAAAUUUACUCUUCUUCUGGGCUGUGACGGACGUGGGAGCUUCUUGAGAGAUGCGUUGGCGACGUCAGCUGUUCAACACGACUACGCACAAACAGCGUACGUCUGCACAGUUCGUUUAGAACGCCUGGAUGACGGAAAUGCAUGCUGCUUUCAGAAUUUUUUUUCGGAUGGUGAUAUCAUUGCCAUGCUUCCCACAUCAGAGGAUACGGCGAACAUUAUCUUUUCCACAACGCCUGCUCACGCCCGUGAGUUGAUGGCAGCCUCCCAAGCUGAUCUUGUCUCGGAGCUGAAUAAACGCCUCCAUGCUUUUGCCCCAAGGGAUAUUCCUUGCAUUCUUGAGGUUCCUGAGGGAAAUGUUAAUGGGAAGCAAGUGCGUGGACAGGGAACAUUCCCUUUACGACUUAACUUUGUUCUUCGUCCCUAUUCUCCGCGAUGCCUACUGCUUGGUGACGCUGCUCAUGGUAUUCACCCUUUCGCUGGGCAGGGGCUUAAUUUAGGUUUGUACGACGUCUGCGUGCUGGUGGAAUUGCUGGAAAAGGCCAUUCGCUCUGGGCAAGACAUUGGUAGCGUGUGUGCUGUGGGACAGCCUUUUGCAUCGGAGAUGAUGCUGCACACCAGCAGUAUGAUCACGGCAAUGGAGGGCAUCUACGCUGUGCUCAAUUCUGUACCUAGUUUAUCUUGUGCCGGCAUGAAAGCACUGCAAGAGCUUCCGCUAGUGUCAUUGUUCGGAAAGCAGUGCAUCACUCAUUUUUCGUCUGGGGGACUCUUUGCUAGUCGUCAUAGUGACUGUUUUCUGCUGUCGUAA